AUCCGUGUUCCUGGAAGGGGCGUCGUUAUGCAUGGGGGUCCGAGGCUGUAGCCGCGAAUCUCAAAAUGUUAUUAAUAAAAUAAUUAUAAUUAAAAAUAGCCCAUACUAUAGGCCUAUUAAUUUAUAAUUCCGAUCAUGCAUUUAAGACAUCGGCGCGCUAAGCCCCGACUGUAUUGUGAUACUAUAGCAACGCCCCGUGUUCCCGUAAUAACUUGAGUAACGAUUGCAUCAAGUGACACGAAUUUUUGUCACCGUGCAUGUAUGGCAGCAGUCAAAAAUAACAACUGAAGCAGGUCUUGGACUACAUGAAAAAAAUAACAACCACAUUCUGACCCACUCUAAUCUAUAUAUUUAGGUGGAAUAAUUGAAUUGUAUGCAUUUACUUCUCAAAAUAACGUUAAUGAAAAUGUAAGUCACUAUUUAAUACAUUGGUAAAAUUGUAUGAAAGAAAUAAGGCAUGAGAGUGCUUUAUCGUGAAUACGAUAUCGUGUCUAAUUAGGUUUCACCUUAAAUCAAAAUCAAGCAACUGUCACUGUCUGUACAUUACCACAACAUAAGCACGUGGUCCUCAUGUAAUGACGCCAAGCAGUACGUUUCGACCUGGGGCAAAGCUAGAAUACACAAAAUGCUAGAGCUAGCGGACAGCUGGCUAAAAUGACAAUGCAAUGGCAUACAUUUGAUGUGCUCAGGUCAUCCGGUACAUGUAGCAAAAGCAAAGUAAAUUAUUAUGCGCUUUAAGUGAAACCAUAUAUUUAAGACAUUGUUCUGUCGAUAGUUAAACCAAUUUAAAAAGGUGUCUCAAACAAGAAUGAUGUAACGACAAAACAUUAGCUAGCCAGCUAUUUUGCCAAUCUAAAAGCAGGCAAGCCAGCACAUGCGAACAUGUCACUUCUCAGCCAUGCAAAAUUAUAACAGACAACGGCUGAAAUGGGCACUACGUAUUAAGACUUCCGCGGAUACGGUCUUGUUAGCAUGUGGUUUACCUGAGACGCGGUUUAAAAACCGUGUUAACGGGUAAAGCCCGUAAAACAUCAAGCUCCCAAUCAUGCUGUGCUCCAAUGCUUUGCUCGUAUUAAUGACGUAAACAUCUUUUUCAUUUCAAAUAGUGCCCUGAAAUAGUGGUGCUAUGUAUAGAAAGUGUUGUCAUUUCUUAAAAUGUUGGUUUAGGUGUGUUUAUAUUUCCCUUUCUUUUGAUGUUGUCCUGUGUGUUUUAAAUUAUAAAAACUCGCUCCGGGACAGUGAAUAUUUUCUUCUUCUUUUGGUGAUACAUUCCCAAAUAAACAGUAUGUGGUUAAUGCAUAGGGUAUUUGUGUACAUAUUGGUUCAACCAUUUAAAUUACAUUUUAAGUUUUUUACUCUUUCCCCGUUGGUGAAUUUUUAAUGACACAAUUGUGUCUCUAGUGUUGAAUUACAGCUUGGGGCAAAACAGGGUAUUUGAUUUCACUGUUGCAACAACAGCUACUGAGCCCUUAUAGAUUCCAGUGCAUACAGUGGGAAGGUUCAAAGAAAGCCAUGGUGGAAUUCAUUGAAAGAGUAUUUCAGAUUACCUGAUUUUGAAGUGAAAUCAUUGGACCUGAAAUUUACGAGAUUUGGAACAAAAGAUAUGUCAAUCCUAUCUAUCAAAUCCCUCUGCUUGGUAGAUAAUGACAGUACAUCCCCUGCAGAAGACGUAGACCUGGAGGAUGGAUGGGAUACAGACCUGGAGGUUGAUGAUAAAAAGACCACUAAGGACACAUCGACAGCUGAGCUUUACCUUCAGGCUUGCAGGCUAGUUGGGGUGGUUCCUGUCUCCUACUUCCUUCGGAACCUGGGUACCACCACCAUGAACCUCAAUCACCAUAGCCUAGGACCCCUGGGGGGGAAGGCUUUGGCCAUCGCCUUGGUGACUGACAUGCACAUCACCAACCUCGAGUUGGCAGACAACUACCUCUUGGCUGAGGGAGCCAGGUACUUGGUGGAGAUGUUGAAGGCAAAUUUCACCAUUCACCAUCUGGAUUUGUCCGACAAUCACCUACAAUCUGAAGGAGCCGAGUGCAUAGCAAAAAUGUUCCACAACAACAUCUCCAUCAAAUCCAUCAAACUUUCAGGGAACGGAUUCCUAGAGGAUGACGCUAAAAGUUUUGCGGAUGCCCUGGCAAACAAUUACAGAGUUAAGGAGCUGGACUUGAGCCACAAUCAGUUCUGUAGGAGAGGUGGGGAGCAUCUGGGUCAGAUGUUAGCAAACAACGAAGGUCUGGAGCAACUAGACUUGAGCUGGAACCAUCUGCGAAUGAAAGGCGCUGUGGCUUUCUGUGCUGGCCUCAAGGUCAAUGUGACCCUGAAACACCUGGACCUUUCCUGGAAUGGCUUUGGGAACGAGGGUGCCUUGGCGUUAGGAGAAGCACUAAAAUUCAACAACAGUCUGGUACACCUAGAUCUCAGCAACAACCGCAUCACCAAUGAAGGGGUUGGCAUGCUGUGCAAAGGCCUGGAGGCCAACGACACUCUCAGAGUACUGAAGCUGGCUUAUAACUCUCUGACAGUGGAGGGAGCGCUGGCUCUUGUCAAUGUGGUCAAGAACACACCCAAAACUGCUCUGGAGGAGAUCAACAUAACUAAUGUGUUGGUGAAUGAGAACUUUGUGCAGCUGCUGGAACUCACAUGCCAGGAGCGUCCCGGGUUUGAUGUGCAGUAUGGAGGGGUCGGGGGCUUUAUGGCUAAGAAACCACCCAAACGCCCUGACCCCAUGAAAGUCAUCCAGGACUACCUGGAUGUGCGGAAGCUGCGUCUUUGGGACUUCUUUCGGAACAUCGAUAAAGAUGGGACAAUGCGAGUGCCUGUGGCUGAUUUCAGGAAGGCUGUGCAGCAAUCCAGCAUUCCCUUGGAUAGAUACCAGAUUGAAGAGUUGAUUCAGAGGCUGGACCGUGAAAGGACAGGGAUGGUAGACUACAGGGGUCUGGCUGACACCAGGAAGCAGAUGAUGCGGGACCACCGGCGGCAGCUGCGCAAGGUGGAGUCCCGUCAGAAGAAGGAGAAGCUGAAGAGCGACCGUAUCCUGAAGACCUUCCAGAGCGCCGUGGAGGCCAACACCCCCUGCAGCUCUAUGGUCAUAUCCCCGGGAGGCGUCAAGGAGGAACCCAACGCCCCCCAGCCUUUCUCCGCCACCCCGCUCAGCUCCUGGCACCACAUUGUCAUGUCCAACAGCAGCCGCUAUUCUGUCAUGAAUCUGAGCAGUGAGCACGUACACCUGCCCAUGCUGGGGGGCAGCACCCAGCCCCGGCUGACCAGCUCCUCCGCCAUGCGUUCCUUCUCCCAGCCCAACCUGGUGGAUGACUCCGCACGCUGCUGCAAACCCAAGCCCUCGUCGGCCCAGAGGAUGCUUUACGAUUCCAGCCCCGACGUGGUCCACACCAAGCUGAGUCCCAGUCCCAACCACCUGACCAGGUCCAGACCAGCGCUGAUCUCCAAGCUGACAUCUGCUAAAACCAAAACCACCAAAGUGAAGAAAAAGAAGACCAGGAAACGUGCAGAUGAAAUAUUAACAGAAUAAGACACAAUCCAAGUGGUUAACGCAGUUUAUGUAGUCUUGUAUUCCAUCAUGUAUUUUUACUGAAAUAAUACUAGCAUCUACAGUCAAUGGAUCACUCUUAAACACAAAAUAAAUAUGAUUCCAGGUUGCCACAUUUCAUGCAAAUUCUAUUACACAUAUAUCCUGUUAGUUGUAGUUAACUUACUGGUAUGAAAUCUUUUAAUAGACAUGGCCAUGUUACACACCCAUGACCCACUAUGGCAUUAGAACAUCUCUGCACUGAAAGCAUCCCAGCAGUUACAACUUAUAUAACAGCAUUAUGAAACAGGGACAUCUUAAGGUCUAGAUCAUACAGCCCAAACUGGAAGAGUGAGACCUUUCACCCUAACAUUGGUAUAACCACACUAGUCAUACCUACCCACCACUUGACUAGAGACUGCAUUAAAAGGUCCACAUACAUUCUACAUGUACAACUAGGGCUACUAUGUUUCCCAUGUAGUCAACCUCAACAGACCAGAUUGAGGCCAGCGGCAUGGCUGUCUGAAAGCAUGCAGCCAUGGCUGAAUGUAAUAGACAUGUCAUUUGCAUGAUAAACUGACUUGCUUUAAAAUUGUCUCUUUGAAUUUCUAGAAUUAAAUCUCACCUCCUACAGCCUAGCUAUAAGGGGAUUGGGCUGUGAUUCAUACCCUUUCCUCUACCCCCCCUCUCCUCUACUCCCCCUCUCCCCUCCACAGGCUCAGACUGGGGGAUGCCUGGCUCUGUAAGCAAGCCCUCCCCUGGGGGUUAUUCUUUGUAAGCGACUGGCUCCAUCUGGUACUGAAGACCAGUCAGGCCAAAUAACACAGUACA